CCUGGCUAUGACGUUAUUCCCAGCUCCGACUUCCGGAAAUGGAACCAAGUUCACCGCGUUGGAAAUGUUUGUUUUCCGGAAAACCCUUAUAUGUGUAAUAACGAAUGUGAUGCCAGCACAGAGGAGCUGGCCCACCCUCCAGAGCUCAUGUUUGACACUGAGGGUCGAAACCCUACCACCUUCUGGCAGUCCACGUCUUGGAAAAAGUACCCGAAGGCUCUUCUGGUCAAUAUCACGCUAUCGUGGAACAAGACCAUCGAGCUCACAGAUGAUAUCGUCAUCACCUUCGAGUCAGGCCGACCCGAAAUAAUGGUUCUGGAAAAGUCGCUGGAUUACGGGCGUACCUGGCAACCCUACCAGUUUUAUGCUACUGACUGUCUGGACGCCUUCACCAUGGAGCCCAAGACGGUGCAGGACCUGACGCAGCACACCCUGCUGGACAUCAUCUGCACCGAGGACUACUCGCGGGGUUACGUGUGGAAGAACGACAAAACCGUACGAUUUGAGAUCAAGGACCGCUUUGCGCUGUUCGCUGGGCCUCGGCUGCACAACAUGGCCUCUCUUUACGGCCAACUGGACACCACCAAGAACCUAAGGGACUUUUUCACCAUCACGGACCUGCGAAUCCGCCUUCUGCGACCUGCCACGGGAGCUACCAUGGUCGACGAGACCAACUUGUCCAGAUACUUCUACGCCAUCUCUGACAUCAAAGUGCAGGGCAGGUGCAAGUGCAACCUUCACGCCAACAGCUGCAUAUUUGACAAAGAGAAGUUGAGCUGCGAGUGCGAGCACAACACCACGGGGCCCGACUGUGGCCGCUGCAAGAGGAGUUACCAGGGCCGAGCGUGGAGCGCCGGCUCUUACCUUCCUAUCCCCAAAGGCACGGCUAAUAUAUGCGUUCCAAAUAACAUCGGUCCAGUCAACUGCGAGUGCUUCGGCCACUCCAACCGGUGCAGCUACAUCGAGCUGCUAAACACCGUCAUUUGUGUGAGCUGUAAGCACAACACUAGGGGCCAACACUGUCAGCUAUGCAAGCUGGGCUACUACCGCAAUGUCUCGGCGGAACCGGACGAUGAAAAUGUUUGCAUAGAGUGUAAUUGUAAUCCCUUUGGCUCAGUCAGUGAUCGGUGUAAUGGCACAGGAUUUUGUAUAUGUAAGGAGGGCACUACGGGGCCCAAGUGUCAGCAGUGUCUACCAGGAUAUUUGUGGGACGAUGGCUGCAAAUCCCGGGUGUGUGACAACGAGCUCAUGCGAUGCCAAAACGGCGGGGUGUGUGUCAACAACGUCCGCUGCAGCUGUCCCUCACCCUACACGGGCCUGCUCUGCGAGAAGCCCCGCUGUGAGUCGGAGUUGGGCGGGUGCAGGGGUGCCGACUCAGGCCAGGCCUCCCUGUCGUCCCCGUGGUCCCUCGGGCAGUUGGUGCUGCUAAUGUCAGUCUGGAUGCUGCUGAGAGGAGACUCCUGCUGGCCUGACAUGCUCUAAACAGACCUAUGACCUGGUCGGAGCGAAACAGUCUCGACCCCGUUCGACGAAAAAACAAAACAAAACCCGACCCAUCUCUCUUCCCCCAUUUAAAUAAUCAUAACCCAUCAGAGAAAAUGUAUGAGCUUUCUGGACUGUAUCGAGCUUCUCAGCCACCCGACUCGGCGGCGGAAUUCUCCCGCCGGAAAAAAAGGAAUGUGCCAGAUGAAUAAACACUUUACAUUUAAAUAAGAUUAUAAUAUAGAAAGAUAUAUACAUAUACUUCUAAAAAUGACCGAAUAUUAUAUUAAAAAGAAAGAGAAAACACAGCGUUUAUCUUUAACAAAAAAAAAAGAAAAUGAGCUACGACCCAUUAGCCGGCCCCGCCCCAACUCCAUCCCCAUCCCUCUAAGCCAUACCUGGUUCUUGAGCUCCUUCCGCUUUGAGGAGGGGGGUUAACAGAGAUGACGAACUUCUUUCUUCAGUUUCUCUCUCAUUGCCACGGCAACGAGAGCUGCAACCAAUUAGCUUCAGCACACGCCGACUGUGGCCCAUCGAUCCCCUUGGGGACGCUUCUGUGAGGGGGAAUGUUGGUCGGACUGAAGCCCAAAC